AUCAUUUAAUUAUCCAGGAAUAUCCAUCAUAGUGCAAUUCGUGGACUUAUUACAUGUCUGGGGAGACGUAUCCCUGAUGACCAGCUCAUCCUUCCUCCUCUUCACAAACAUCUCUUUUGGCCUGAAGAUGUUCAACAUAUUGUGGAAGAGGGAAGAAGUGAGAGCUAUCAUUGAGGACUGUGAUCAGGUGCUGCGUGCUGUGGAUACAUCUUGGGGACAUGAGAUAGUGAAAAGCGGUAUUCGUAAGUCCUUUCUGCUAUUCUCAAUCUACACAUUCCUGGCCAAUAUUUCCGUCUUUGGUUGGGCCAUCAGUCCUGAAAAGGGCGAGCUACCUACGCGAGCUUGGUAUCCGUAUAAUACUACCUCCUCGCCAGGUUACGAGCUCACAUACCUGCACCAGGUGUCAGCGGUGUUGCUGGGAGCGUCUGUGAACGCAAGCCUGGACACGGUGGUGAUCUCGCUGAUGGCGCAGUGCACAUGUCGGCUGCGGCUGCUGGCCGCUGCGCUGAGGAUGCUGGGAGGCGAUAUGCUGGUCACGAACAUGUUCGAGGCAGAGCAGGAGCGGGCCAUCAGAGAAGAGCUUCAGCGCUGCGUGCAGCAGCACCGGUCCGUUCUGCAGGUGGCUGGUCUGCUCCAGCAGUACUUCUCCACCUCCAUCCUGGCGCAGUUCUCCGUGUCCUUGGUCAUCAUCUGCGUAACGGCGUACCAGUUGGCUUUUGUAUCCAGUAACGUGAUGACCAUCUUGGGAAUGACCACAUACUUCAUGUGCAUGUUGAUGCAAGUGUUCCUCUACUGUUACCAGGCCCACGAGCUCUCGACUGUGAGCAGUCAAGUGGGGGAUGCGGUAUACGAGUCCCUCUGGUAUGAGAUGUCAGCCCCUUUGAGGAGGGACCUGCUGGUACUGAUGGUUCGCUCGCAACGGGUCAUCAAGAUCACAGCGGGGGGCUUCACUACUCUCUCUUUGAACACUUUUAUGGCUAUAAUCAAAACAUCAUACACUUUAUUCACGGUGCUCCAAAGAGAAGACUGAAUAAAAUAUUCAUAAAAAUAUGUAUUGCGUCAGUAGUUUUAAAAAACAAAAAAUUGUUUGCACAUUCACAUCAAAAUAAUAUUAUUAAGGGCCGAUUUUUCAAUCGUCGGAUAACUUUUAACUGAAGAAUAAGUUUGACACAUUGACAGUUUUAAUAUGGGAAAUAAUAUGCCAAAAUGACAAGGUUAUUCUUCAGUUAAAAGAUAUCUGAUAAUUUAAAAAUCAGCCCUAAGUCACAAGACUCACAAGUCGCAA